GUUGGGUUGGGAUGGUAGUGCUGAUUUUCUUGGGGCAAAAGACGCUCAAAAUUCUAACCACACUCUACGCCACCGACAUGCGAGUCCCCAGGGUUAAAUACCUAUGGACUUAUUGACCACGCUUCCCGAUUUCCCAAUUGAACCAUACUCCCAUAUCGUACCGGCGCUUGAAAAGGCAGAAUUAUCGCUUAAGGAGCUUCUGCUUCUUGACACUCUUGAAAUCGCGAAACGAACACGAAUACCAGUCGCAGAGGUCCAAAGGCUCACGAGCCAUGUGUUGGAAGAACUUCACCGAGACCUUGGACUAAAACCUGAUCACGCCAGGCCAGAGCAGCACGAAAAUGGUAGAAAACAGGUACAAUGUGAUGAUAUUGAUAGCAACGAGGAUGCUCGCGCACCCUUCCAGCCACCCAGCCUGUCCUCUAUCAGUACUUUGGACCCCCUCCUUGACGAUGUGCUUUCAGGUGGAAUAUUGACUGGAUAUGUGACAGAAAUAGCAGGAGAAAGUGGCAGCGGCAAGACCCAACUUUUGCUUCACCUGCUCCUGUCCGUCCAACUCCCACCUCCAUACGGCCUGCGCAAAAAUGCGCUGUACAUCUCGACUGAAGCAGACCUAGCUACAAAUAGGUUGUCCCAGCUACUUGACGGGCAUCCCCUUUUGAUAUCGCUUCCCGAGGACGUACAACGUCCGUCUCUGGAUAAUGUCCUCUCAAUAACCACCGUCGAUCUUGAAACUCAGGACCACAUCCUCAACUACCACGUUCCCGCUGCCAUAUCGAGAUACAAUGUUGGCCUGGUGGUUAUUGAUUCCAUCACAGCAAAUUACCGAGUGGAGAGCUCCAUUAAUAAUGUGUGUGGGCUACUAGAUCGUGCAUGGGAGCUCAAAAGGCUGGGACAGCUUCUGCGAAAUUUGGCAGUGACGCAUAAUAUAGCCGUUGUUGUAGCCAACCAGAUUUCCGACAGGCUUAGCCAUUUAGAUGGCUCCGUUUGGGCAGAGGAGCCUGAGUAUCUUCUCAAUCGCUUUGCUGAGCGGCCUUCGGCCCAACCUUCUUCACAGUAUCCCGGCUUUUCUCAGCAAAUACCCUCGUCACUGACAUGCCAGUCGCCUACUCAUCCGGAUGGCUCACCUUACUCGCUACUACGGCAGGCUCAAGCUCAGGUAGCCACCACCCAAGGCCUUCCUGCAUUAUCACCAAACGAUGACCGCGAUGAUACUCCACAGCUUAACAUCCGUAAUCUUAGCGCAGUCCUAAGCUUUGCGUACCAGCAGCCAUUCUACACUGGGUGGGGGGACCCCUACGAGCGAAAGGCCUUGAAGACUCCAGCAUUAGGGCUUGUCUGGGCGAAUCAGCUGGGUUGUCGCCUUGUGCUGAAGAUACAUGAGUCUUCGAAUAUCCUUAGUACAAGCGUCGCAGUGGAUACGAGUACGAAUUUAUUCGCUGAGCUGUCAGACGACCAUCGAACGAACAAUGAAAUAAAAAAGGAUCCUUCGAAGCUCGUGUUGCAAAAUCAGAACGGCGAUGUUGUCGAAGCAAAAGGCCCGAAUCAGGAACCUGGUGGAAAUCAGACUAAGUAUCGGCGAGCGAUUGGAACUAAGGAAGCACCGGAAAGCCAAUCUUUCACAAAAGCUCCCGGACCAGAAUCUGGGAAUGACAACACCAGUUAUUCAACACAGGCAACGGUGCUCCAAACUCGGAAGCGAACAAUGCAGGUCGUUUUUUCACCCUGGACGUCAGGUAACCAUAUUUCAAAGUCUGAAGAGGACCCCAAAAGAUCGACAACUGAAGAUAGUAAUACGUCCGACCUUCCAUCGGAAGCAGUGGAGUUUGAGAUCUUGCCUAGUGGCAUCCGUGGUGUAACAUUUUCUGUACAUCUUUAAGACAAGAGCCACCUCAGCUGAUGUAAGAACUGUAUAUAUUUGUUUGAGAGCUUUGGCGUCUUAAUAGUAAGAUUUGUUCUUUAGAUGAAUAGCUGUGCUCAGCCAGUCUGCCAUAAUUCUUGUAUGAUCUGCACAA